UGCCGUGGCUUGCUCUCUCCCCCCCCUUCCCCGGCGCUGGCCGCGGGAGAACAGUGGCGCAUGCGCGGUGCCGGCGGCCGGAGGGGACGCAGCCGGACGGUACUGCUGCUUGUUUAAAACAAUUUCUUCCCCGUCUUUUGGAAGGGACGAGAGGGCGGCCCCUGACGUCGGGUUGAGCGACGUCGGCGGGCGGCAGACGGACAGAGGACCCGGCCGGGGAUGGUGAGCGGGGCUCUGGGCCCGGGAAGCCUGCGAAGAGACUCCGCCUCCUGCCCGCCGCAGCCCCGGCCUUGCAGCCCGGCGCCGCAGGGAAGAGCUGCCCGGACGACCCCGCAGCUCCGCGCCCAGGAGGAGACACCCCGCGAGGGUGUGGAAAAAUGGCAAAGCGAAUUGCAGAAAAGGAACUGACCGACAGAAACUGGGAUCAGGAGGAUGAAGCUGAGGAGGUGGGAACAUUCUCAGUAGCCAGUGAAGAAGUCUUGAAGAACAGAGCUAUUAAAAAGGCAAAGCGCCGAAAUGUUGGAUCAGAGUCUGAAAGUGGGGGAGCUUUUAAAGGGUUUAAAGGCUUUAUAUUGCCUUCUGGAAAAGGAGGAGGUGGUUUCAGCGGAUUUGGUAAUGGUGCAGCAAUAAAGCCUUUAGAAGGGCUGUCUAAUGGAAGCAGUAGCAUCUCUAGCACUCCUACUUUCAGCAGUUUAACGACCACCUCUGAAACACAAUCAGCAUUUGGAUCCACGGUGUCAAAUGGUCCUACUACUACUGCAUUUACUGAGAAAAAGGCUGCAAGCCCAAAAGCUAAUGGGGGAAGUCAACCAUCCUCAUCUGGCUAUGCGCAGAGUAAAGUUUGUAGCUCUAGUGUUUACCACAAACAGUUAGCAGCUUUAAACUGUUCAGUGCGUGACUGGAUAGUUAAGCAUGUAAACACAAACCCACUAUGUGACCUGACACCCAUCUUCAGAGACUAUGAGAAGUAUUUAGCAAAUAUUGAGCAGCAACACGGAAGCAGUAGCGAUAGUGGCUCUGAAAACGAUGGCAACAAGACACCAGGCUCUCAAUCUGUUUCUGCGUUUGGGAGCUCAAAGCUACAGCAAGGCUCAAUGUUUUUGUUUAACACCAAAACUGAGGAUACCUCGGACAAGAAAUCUGAAACUGCGUUGGAAAAAAAAGACCAUUCAUUAGGAGCUACAUCAACCGUCUCAUUUAAUUUUGGCAAGAGCGUCGACAGUUCUGUUUUGGGUUCCCUUGGUUCAGGAACACUUAGUAGUUUCUCCUUUUCUCCUGGGAAUUCAGGUCUGUUUGGAAAAGACACAAACCAGGCUAAAUCUGUCACUGCAGCGUCCACCAAUAUAUUGGAAGCUCAGACAGAAAGCGUCAGUAAUGACGAUAAAGGAGGAGAAGAGGAAGAUGAAGAGCCACCAAAAGUCAUUGUUAAUGAAAUAAAAGAGGAAGAUGCUUUCUACUCAAAGAAGUGUAAACUGUUCUACAAAAAGGAUAAUGAAUUUAAAGAAAAAGGUGUAGGAACUUUACACUUAAAACCCGCAGGAAAUGAAAAAACUCAACUCCUAGUCCGAGCGGAUACCAAUUUAGGAAACAUACUGUUGAAUGUUCUAAUUCCACCUAAGAUGCCAUGCACAAGAACCGGAAAAAACAAUGUUCUUAUAGUUUGUGUUCCUAACCCACCGAUCGAUGACAAGAAUCCCACUGUUCCUGUCACUAUGUUAAUAAGGGUGAAAACGAGCGAGGAUGCAGAUGAGUUGCACAAGAUUUUACUGGAGAAAAAGGAGGCUUAAAUAAAUUGCAGUCGGUGAUUUGAGGAAUUAUUGCCAAACUGCUGCUGCUCUUUUUUUUUCUUCCAUAACUUCACUUGAAUGCUUAACUCUUUACUCUGUUAAGAACUGUUGUAGGAAUUAUGGAGAAAUUCUGUGAGGCAAAGCUAAAAUAGGUAAUAAAAGCUUUAACAGAACACAGAUGUUGCACCAUGCUCCCUCAGUUUUCAAUAUCCUAAACACGGGACCUCUUCUGGAUUAAGCACAUUGAUUUAAAUCAAAGCAUAUGUUUUUAACGCCAGUCAAUGCGACUGAAGGGACUGAAACCAGACAACAAAAAUGUGGUGUACCAGAGCUUCCUCACAGACUGCAGUGCAAUGCAAGAACCUCUUGUUUCGAGCAAGUGGGAUGUUGAAGUUUUAACUAUUGGAAAUGUUUCUAGAUUGCAGAUUUUAAAUUGGCCUGUCAUAUUCUGGACAGACUUUAAUUUUUCAGACUCGUUGACAACAAUCUGCCCCAGCAACAACAAUAUUCUGUAUUGUACUGUGUUUGAACUCUUACAGACUCCUGUGCUUUUGGGACUUGGAGACUACAUCUCCUAUAAGAAAACUUGCUUGCAUAGUCUUGUUGACAAUAGUGUUUCUUAAAGAAGAACUAUCAGUCCUGUUCUUACUGUAGCAUCAAGCUAAUGACGUGCAAUAGUACAAGCAGACAACUGGAAGACUGUUCAUCUUGGACCACAGCCACAGCUGAGUCGCUGACUUGUACCAAGUCAGAGGCAAAGGGUUGAGCUUCCACUAUGGUGCCUCUGAGGUAUCUUCCCCAAGCCCUUGGGCUAAAACUGAAACUCAGCAGAGGCAGAGUUGUAAAUGUUGUACUUGUCUUGCUACUAGUACAUUUUUGAAGAUGUCUCUCUUCACAAAGAACUGUCGGGAUUUUUAUAGAACUUCAUAUUACCAUUACCAAGAAUCCAUGUGUAAGCAUGUUGUGUGUGUGUGUGUGAGUAAUUAUUUUUCCCAUGUGCUGAAACUAUCAUGCUUCACUGCAUUACAUGAAGUGAAGCAGGAAUGUGCAGCCCUAGGACAAGCUUUUUAUUGCAAGCAGGGAGCACUGGAUUAAUCUAGAACUUAGUUUUCAGCUGUGUUAAUUUUAACCCUGUGGCAAUAAUUGGUGGAUCAGGAUAUCAUUCUGUUCUCAAUUUCUAUCUCAACUUUAUCAGACCUUCUUUAGUUGUUUAACCCUUUUUUGGAUCUUGUUUGCUGGAAAUCCUGUAUCAGUUGUUCUGCUUUGCUUCCAGCUCUGGAAACUACCCUAGAGCUAGAUGCUAAUGCUAAACUUGAACGGCUCUGAUCUGUCACACGGGCUACUUUUAGGGAGGUGGAAGAAACGUGCCAACCUGCCUCUGACUAAUACAGCACAGGCAGAGAAAAAAACCCAGUUGUUUGAAAAAGCAGCAUGAUCCAAGGGGGCCUGGAAGUCCCCAGUAGUGGCAUCCUAUGGGUAAGGAAAAAGGAGCAGCACCAUUUGAUUGGGUGCAGCACAUCUUGCCUUCUCCCUGCCUUGAGUCCUCAUUCACUGCACAAAUCAGGUUAUCGCCUUUCUUUUCCCCUCUUAACUAAAAGGAGGAAAAAACUUCACAGGAUCUGUAGCCCCCUUGACUAAAAACAGAAGCCUUUACUCACAUUUCAGCUACACUGAGGUUACAGGAAUCACAUUUGUAACGUUCAGGUAUAAAGGGAGCUCAGAUAAGAUUUAAAUCUAUUUUAAAUACAAACUGGUGCCUUUUUUUUUUUCUUUGCAUGUGGUUCAGUACUUGACUAUAAGGAGUAAGUGACAUUACUUUCCUCACAAUGCUGUGCUGCUUAAACAAAAUCCUGCCGCUGUCUACUGGAGGCCAAAAGCUGCAGGCUUCCAUAUUAAUUUUGUACAAGGGGAAAGCAGAACAUGGCCUGAAGCUUUAUUACAGGCUCAGGUUUCGUGUCCAAGGGCUCACUGAAUUUUGCAUUUGUCUUUUGGCUGUAGUGUCUUAAGCAGGUCUCAGCGCAGGAAGGUUUGUUUAUAGGUGAUAAGUAGCGCUGGGUGCCACAGGCACCUUCCUUAUGUGGCCCUUGCCACCAGCAGCUCUCUACAGAGCCUAGGGGUAGUCUGGGGCUGGCAUUUGGUUACCUCCAAAAACUCAUGGAUGAAAUAUGGACCAAUUAACUGAGACACAAACUGAACUCCCUCUGCAUCCUUAUGAUUUGCCUCUGAAAUGAGGCAGCCUUAGGGUUUGGCUUGCAAGCACGCAUUUGUCCCACGUGUAAAGCUGGGAAACAGAAUGGUUCCUGUCAUGCUCUCAAGGGUGAGCAGAGAGUAAAGAAAAAAAAUAGCAGAAUAAUAAUUAAAUGAGCUGGAAAAUUAAAACUUAAAAUAUCCAUGGUAGCAAGUCAUACCUUCUGUUAGCUGUGGGAAAGAUUCACUGAGAUGAGACAACUUGAUUCUCUAGCAAUGUCUGGGUUUAUCGGUAAAGCCAGGGGAAGGUAUAAGUUUGGAAUAUCGUGUGAAUUAGAACAUAAAAUGCUUACAACUGUAUGUUUAUGCAUACUUUUAAUGUGGGAAAAGUUGCCACUAAAAGAAUAAGGAAGAUUGUUACUGCAAAUUAGAGAUUUAAAUAAUUUAUCAUUCAGAGUGACCGUGCAAGUAUCUGAACUACGAAGCGGGAAAAGUCAGUUAUAUGCUUUUCACUUGGUGUUCAGUUAUAAAGCACAACCCUUCUCUUGGUACUGUUAUUAAACUUUUGAUGAUGUUUCAGUUUCUAGGUAAGAGAUACUAAGAUACAUAAAUACUGUAAAAAGAUUAUGUAGAAACAAAGGCAUAAAAUGACUUAAAAGUUAGUGGAGAGCUUAGAAAUCAAAAUAGUAAUGCUUUAUAACAAAGUGGCACGUGCUGCUACUCAAGGAAGGAAUUUUGAUCAGAAUCCCAUUUCUAAUGAGGCAUUCCUCUAUCUUGAUAGAUACUUAAUAUACUGAACAGCUGGAUAUCAGAUACCUGAUGUUAAAGAUGCAAGCUUCUUCCCUAAUUAGAGUUAAUGCCAUCACCGUUUCAGCUGUACAUAGGUGUUGGAAUGUCUUAUGGAUCACACAUUCUUCCUUCUGCUGUAAUUUUGAAGUUUCAGCUGCUUAGAAAUUGUUCUCUCUCACUUCCCCAAAAUAGAAAAUCAAAACUCCUUCUUUAAGUUAUCACAAUCAUCUGUAAAGGGAGAUUAUUGCAGUUGGUUUGAAUUCUGUUUUACAAUACUAAACUGCUACAUGCAGAGUUUUGCUUUCUAUUUGGUAAUCAAGUUCUGUAUUUGGGAGCAUAACAGCAUGUUCCUGCAAUCCCUUUUGGCUGAUGGAUGUGAAUGUUUUAAGUUUACAGUUUGAAUGAACAUGUUAUAGAAAUUAAAUCAAUUAGAAGGUACACUUUAGUGUUAAGAACUUCAGCUCCCUUUGCAGCACAGUAACAUUUAAAAUGUCCUUAACGACUUUAUUUCUGAUGCCUUAACUUAUUUGCAUUUGCUAAAAUUUUGUAGCUGGUGCCUGUGUGCAGAAAUUAACUGACAUUAAAAGAAUUUCAAGUGGCAUGAGCUAGUACAAUGAAAAUGCUGAAUGUGAUGAUUUGUUAAUAGAUUUCAAACUGUGCUGAAUUUUUCAGUGGAAACGGAAGUUUCGCAUAAUUUGUCAUGUAACAAUGUUUUCAGUAGUUCUAAUACAUUGAGGAAGUGUACAAAAAUCCAUGGAAAAUGUGAAUAAAUUAAUGGGGAGAGAAGCAUCUCGUCUGUAUCCCUUUCACUUUGUGUAACACUGUACUAAUAAAAUGGAUUUUACAAUUA